AUUAUUCUUUGUUCUGAAUCGCGCUUUAUGGGCGCCCUCUGGUAUUUUAGUACACUGACUCUCCCAGAUUGGGCAGUUGGAUUAAUUCUCGAGUACCCAGAGACCUUGACUUUAGUGGUUUCUCUAAUCUCCACCGUAUUGUCCGUGAUCACGACAAGCCUGCUCACAUUCUCGAUGAAGGAGGCUCUGCGGCACAACCUAGCCAAGAGCAUCUCCUUGUUUGGGCUCUGUCCUGCCAUUGCGCUGACAAUGCCAACUCGGGUUAUGUGCAAAGAUAAGAGGCACCAUCUUCGGGGUGAUUACUUUUCUGAAUUCCUGUUGGAGCACACUGCUCUUGCCAGCGCUGAUUGAGUAGUCAGUCACUCUAUCAGGAACUGAACUGAACAUAAGCAGUAGUGCCUUAGUUAACGAUGUAUUGAGCGCACUUCUGUCAAGUAGUUCGGCUCAGUAUAGUGCGUACGAUUUGUGUUGUCAUUUUUGAUCUCACCAUUCUUGUUUUACACAGCAAAUAUGGAACAUUAGAUUCUUCAGUGGGGGUGCGCACAAGCAGUAAGUAUCUUUAAUUAUAAUGGAGUCUCAUAGUACACGAGUCGACGAGUGAGCAUGUGAGAUUUUUUUCCAUGUAUUGUCGAAAGCUCAUGGCAGCGUACUCGACAAGAUGAUCUCCUUCCUGUGGUAGGUUAGAAGGGUAGUUGUUUGGCCUUGAGCACCAU